CCCCGGCCGAGAUGGCCGCCCACGAACUCCCUGCCUGUCCUGCCAUGGCCGAAAAGGCCGCCCACAAACUCCCUGCCUGUCCUGCCACGGCCAAGGAGGCCGUCCAUGUCCCUGCUCCACCAUGGCUUCCAGCUCUGCCUGCACCGCCUGGCCACCCCGCUAGGCCAGCACCGCCAUGGCUGCCCGCUAGGUCUGCACCGCCAUGGCUCCAUGCUCUGUCUGCUCUGGAUCUGCUCCACGGCCCAGGUCCCUCUCUGCUUCAUGGUCUGUCUUUGCUCCACGGCCCAGGUCUUGUCCCUUUUCACGGGCCUGGCCCUCCUUCACUCCCCCUGUUCCGUCUCCACUCCACCACCUUCCUGAACCUUUUGUGUCUUGUUGUUUGGGCUUCUGGAGCCGCCCUUAUAGGGGGGGAUAUGUAACGUCUGUUUUGGCUUUUGUUUCUUGUUCACCAUUUUUCAUGUCUCUUAUUUUGUAGUUGGUUUCAUGCUGUUUGUGUCAUGCUUCCCUUGCCCUCAUGUAUCUCUGUCUUUUGUAUGUGUCAUGUUCUCAUUGGUUGUCUUGUCAUGUGAUUUAUCAGUUCUGGUAGUUCAUUGGUUGUUUUAGUCUUGUGCCUU